AUCUUUUCAGUCUGUUCAUCCCAAAUCCCAAAGACUGGCUUCAUAAUUGAGAAGACUGAAAUGACGAUAUUAUCAACUUAUGACGAAGAUUAUCUCACUGCGGAAUGGUGGUUUUAUGUCGACAUAUAUAAUGUUUCAUGGCACAAAAUUCCCAAGCGAUUUAUUAAAAAUCCACAAGAUACGUUUUGCAAUGAAGGAUGUGGAGCAUGCGGAAUUAUGCGAGAAGGUAACAAAACAAAAUAUGCUUCAAAAUACUACUCUGAUAAACGUCAUAUGUGGUUUGCCAAUAGUUCAUACACUUCAUAUUACUAUUGUGAUCGCUAUAAUGCUAUUACGAACGCAAUGUUUGUCGUCGAAGUUGUUGCCAAAUAUGGUGAUACCUAUUUUAUUUGUUUCUAUCAAGGACUUGCUACUAUUCCAAAAUAUCUUAUCAUCUUUCGGUGA